AUGUGGAUGGAAGGGUGUCGCCGCGUUGAGGAUGUGAUGGUCGCUUUGCAGUCGGGGCUAGAGAACCGGGAACCUCAGGCGGUGGGGAGAGUUGCUGUUCAGGCUGUUUGCACGGCAACUGGAGAGCUGCUGCACCCCUCAACACGCAAUCGAAUAUGCGUAGUGGUGCGGAGCAUGGAGAGGGAGAUGUUUUGCUUCGUUGAAGAGCUGAAGCCCGUUUUGCAGUCGGGGCUAGAGAAGCGGGACCUUCGGGCGGUUGGGAGAGUUGCUGGUGUGGCUUUAUGUGUGAUAUACUCGAAUGAAAUGAACUGCAAGGCCGGUCGAGAGGGCUGGGCAUUGACACUUUGGCGUGCGACUAGAGUUUGCACGGCAGCUGGAAGGCUGCUGCACUGUUCAACAGGCAUUGGAGUUUGCUCAGACGUGUGCAGCAUCUGGAUGGAAGGGUGUCGCCACGUUGAGGAUGUGAUGGUCGCUUUGCAGUCGGGGCUAGAGAAGCGGGAACCUCAGGCGGUUGGGGGAUUUGCCGUUCAGGCUGUUUGCACGGCAACUGGAGAGCUCCUGUACCCCUCAACAGGCAUUCGAAUAUGCGUAGUGGUGCUGAGCAUGGUGAGGGAGAUGUUUUGCUUCGUUGAAGAGCUGAAGCCCGUUUUGCAGUCGGAGCUAGAGAACCGGGACCGCGGGGCGGUUGGGCGAGUUGCCGUUGUGGCUUUAUGCGUGAUAGACUCGAAUGAAAUGAACUGCAAGGCCGGUUAA